UCGGCAUCCUCCACUCCCUCCCGCACUCCCUCUCACUCACUCCCUUGCUCUCAGAUGAUGCAGAGUGCCAGCAAGUCCCUCAAUGGUGUCAUAUCUGUCCUUUUUAUUCAUUGCAGGGUUUAUUUUUAGCCUGAAACAACUGCUUCCUAAAAAUGGAGUUCCUAAUGACACGGGAGCCGGACACAGCUAUGUAAGGUAUCCAGGGCUUGGCCUGACAGCUUCUCCUGUCUGUCUUUGUUGUGAGCCCAGGACAGCAAAGUUUGCUGCUUCCCAACCGCCUUGCAGAGUUUGGACUGAACACUAGGAAGGCAGCAGAAAGAGAAACUCGGUUCAAACUUCCCCUGGAGCCCUCGGCCUCCCUCUCUUUCCAAAGGGAGAAGGAGAGAGACCUUUGUCUGCCCUCCGCUGCACUCCCAGGGCUCCCCCAUGAAGGCAACUUGCUGGAUUCUGGCAGGCUUUUGCCUGCUUUUCUGCUGCAAGGCAGAAGAGGGACUGAAUUUCCCCACCUAUGAUGGGAAAGACCGAGUGAUCGACCUGAAUGAGAAGAACUACAAGCAGGCCCUGAAGAAGUAUGACAUGCUCUGCCUGCUCUUCCACGAGCCCGUGAGCUCCGACAAGGUCUCCCAGAAGCAGUUCCAGAUGACGGAGAUGGUCCUGGAGCUGGCAGCUCAGGUCCUGGAGCCCAGGAGCAUCGGGUUUGGGAUGGUGGACUCCAAGAAGGAUGCCAAACUUGCCAAAAAGCUAGGCUUGGUUGAAGAGGGAAGUCUCUACGUCUUUAAGGAGGAGCGGUUGAUUGAAUUUGAUGGGGAGCUGGCCACAGAUGUCUUGGUGGAAUUCCUCUUGGAUCUGCUAGAAGACCCCGUGGAGAUCAUAAACAACAAGCUGGAGCUUCAGGCCUUUGACCAAAUUGAUGAAGAAAUCAAACUCAUUGGCUACUUCAAAGGAGAAGACUCUGAACAUUACAAGGCAUUUGAGGAAGCUGCUGAACACUUCCAGCCCUACAUCAAAUUCUUUGCCACAUUUGACAAAGGGGUCGCCAAGAAGCUAGGUCUGAAGAUGAACGAGGUGGACUUCUACGAACCGUUCAUGGAUGAGCCUGUUCACAUCCCCGAUAAGCCUUACACGGAGGAGGAGCUGGUUGAAUUCGUGAAGGAGCACAAAAGAGCCACCUUGCGGAAGCUGCGUCCAGAAGACAUGUUUGAGACGUGGGAGGAUGACAUGGAAGGAAUCCAUAUUGUGGCCUUCGCUGAAGAAGAUGACCCAGACGGCUUUGAGUUCCUGGAAAUCCUGAAGCAGGUUGCCAGGGACAACACCGAUAAUCCCGACCUGAGCAUUGUGUGGAUUGACCCUGACGACUUUCCUCUGCUGAUCACUUACUGGGAGAAGACCUUCAAGAUUGACCUGUUCAGGCCACAGAUCGGCGUGGUGAACGUCACAGACGCUGACAGCGUCUGGAUGGAGAUCAGAGAUGAUGAUGAUCUGCCCUCAGCCGAGGAGCUGGAGGACUGGAUAGAAGACGUGCUUUCUGGGAAGAUAAAUACUGAAGACGAUGAUGAUGAUGAUGACGAUGAUGACGACGACGACGAUGAUGACGACGACGACGAUGACGACGACGACGACGAUGACGACGACUAAUUGUGACUGUACAGUUUGACUUGUGGGGGCCGAGAGGCCUCCCCCCGCGGCAGGUCCCUCCGUUGGAAGACCUGUGUUUGAGCGUCAGCAAGCACCGCCUGCUCCUCCUUUCCCCCCUGCCCCGCUCUCCCCGCCCUUGCUGGGACCCCCGGCCUGAUUCUCAGCGGUGCUGAGCCACCAGAACUGCCCCCGCAGCGGGUGGCACCGGCAGGCACCCAGCACCGCUGUAAAUCAUGCCUCCUUAGGAAGGACAAUAGGAAUCUGCAGGGAACCUGCCCCAGUGCCCAGUGCAGGAGGAAAGCGCCCGCCUGCUCGCUCGCUGCCAGAGGGACACAGGGAGCCAAUUUGCAUUUUCCGUGCUCAUCGGCCCCGCAUGUACAUGCAAAGACCAAGUCUCACUCCAAGACAUAGGGAAGGUCACUGUAAAGUUUAGCCCUUUUAUUAAACAAAAUGCCCUUUGCAGCUA